UGUUUGUAUUGCUGAUGACUAAGGAAAACGAUAGACAAUUCUAAUUGCGUAUAUCUGGUUAUUGUCUUCGAAAUUCAUCUACGUUUCAAUCAGCCGAAAAUAAUUCUUUCAUUCACUCGUUUUUCAAUAAAGAGCUCUUUCUUCGACAACAACAAUAAAAAUGCCCAAUAUCAAAUUACAAAGUAGUGAUGGAGAAAUAUUCGAGGUGGAUGUGGAAGUAGCACGAAUGUCGAAUACAUUACGUACCAUGCUCGAUGACCUGGGCAUCGAAGAAGAUGACGGUGAACCGAUUCCAGUUCAAAAUGUCAAUUCAGCCAUAUUACGCAAAGUAAUACAGUGGGCAACCUAUCACAAGAAUGAUCCACCAACACCCGAAGACGAUGAUGCACGGGAAAAACGUACCGAUGACAUAUCAUCGUGGGAUGCCGAUUUUCUCAAAGUAGAUCAAGGAACCUUGUUCGAAAUCAUCUUGGCAGCUAACUAUCUGGAUAUCAAAGGAUUGCUGGAUGUUACAUGCAAAACCGUUGCGAAUAUGAUUCGCGGUAAAACACCCGAAGAGAUUCGCAAAACAUUUAAUAUCAAAAAUGAUUUCACACCGCAAGAAGAGGAGCAGAUUCGCCGCGAAAAUGAGUGGUGUGAAGAAAAGUGAUUCAACAAUGUCGAAAAAAGAAAGCCAUAUUUUAAUCAUCAUCCGCGCACCUAGCAAAGUACAUUCAAACACACCAAAAGCAAAAAACAUUGAUGAUA